AAAAAAGGAUGGAGGAGCCGUCUCCCGAAUGCUUCGAGCAUCCACGACUGUUCUUUCUUCGUGGUCAACAGCAGCAUUUGCAGCACCUCUUUCCGCAACAACAGACCAACUUUUGACCGAUAAAAUGGAUAGAAAACUUGUUUUACCCAGAUUACUCCGUGACCCUGCCGUCGCCCUCAUUGGCGACAAAUGCUAUACAUCGCUGAUUGAGAACCUCCAACUCUUCCAUGACAUUGAUUGUUUGAAGUAUGCUAUCUCCAAGGGUCUUGGAUUCGGCAUUGUGCUUGGUGGAAGUAUCGUCAAGAUCCCUCAGAUCAUCACCAUUCUUUCUAGUGGAUCGGCUCAGGGUCUUUCCCUCGCAUCCUACUAUUUGGAAACGUUCAGUUGCGCCAUUAGUUUGGCCUACAAUUUCCGACAAGGUAACCCGUUCAGCACCUUUGGCGAGACGUUCUUCUUGACUGUUCAGAACGUCAUUAUCACCUUGAUGAUCCUCUACUAUGCUGGUCAAAAGUCUUUGUUGGCCGCCUCCGCCGUUGGUUUCUUCCUCGUGUUUCAGGCCCUCAGCUCGCAAACACUGGUGCCUAGCAACGUCAUGUCCAUCCUCUAUGCUGCAACUAUCCCAUUGACAUUAUCCUCAAAGAUUCCACAAAUCUAUACCAACUUUAAGAAUAGCUCCACUGGUCAGCUUUCCAUCUUUGCAGUGUUCAAUUAUUUCUUGGGCUCCACUGCACGCGUCUUCACUACCAUGACCGAAUUGAACGAUCCUCUGAUGCUGGCUGGAAACGUGCUUGCUGCUACUUUCAACGGUAUUCUCGCUAUUCAAGUCAUCGUCUACUGGGGCAAGAAAUCCGAGCGCGUAUCUGCAAAGCCAGGAAAGGCAGAUUAAUUUGGAUGGUUGGCCCAUCUUUUGGGAAAUGAUAUCUUAUCUGAUGCUAUGUUGCAUCCACUUCAUCCCUACUGAGCUUUCAUGUUUUUUUCUUGUGCAAAAAGUAAUAUCAAUAAAUGCUGUAAACCGAAUCAUCAUAGCACAAAAAUAAACCUGUAGAUGAGUGAG